AUGGCCCAUCUGCCUCCCAACGCAGCAAUCUUCUCGCCUUCAGUCGCCCGCGCGGCUGCUUCAGCCGCCAAAGACUGGUCUUAUGUUGACGGCUGGCUACAACGCAAAUUUCCCGGCGUUGGCCCUCCCACGUUUGAGCGCAAUGCCGACACAUUACGCGUUCUGCUCGCCCUCGCCGCUGCCAACGAAGCAGCCGACGAGGAACGCACCCUGGUCGCCCGUCUCGAGGCCGAGACUCUCACCCAACUCCGUGCCCGCGAGCAACCUCAAAGUCAAGCGGGGGGCGAAAGCACCAACACCGACAACAACACCCUCGACUCAGCCCGCGAAGCAAUCCUCACCGCCCUCGAAACCUCGCUCCCUCGGGAAGGCCAAACCGCCCUCACCGCUCUCGCCGCCCUGGCGUUGCAGACCAACACCCCCCUCCCCACACCCGCCGCCCUCGGCACCGAACUCAUCACCCUCUCCUCCACCACCGCCACCCUAGAGCAAACCACCGCCCGCAUCCACACCCUCACAACCCACCUCGCGCGCGAAGCCGCUGCAACAGCCCAGCUCGCCGCCGAGCUCCGCCCCCCAUCACCCCCACAUCACCCCCACCCCCACGACAACGUCGUUGACGACGACGACGACGACGACGAAAACAACAACACCACCAACAACCCAUCACCACACCAAGCCACCUCCCACAAGCCCCCCUUAACAGGCUACCACCCCCCCGCCGACCUCGCCCUACAGAACCUAACCCUCCAGCGCCAAAUCAAAGCUCUCUCAACGCGCAUCCCCGAGCUCCGCGACAAGGCCGCCGCCAUCGCACGAUCCACCGGCACCGGCACCACCACCACCGGAACCACGACCACCACCACGAGCAUAGCCGACGUGCGGCGCGAAGAGGAGGCGUACACGGCGCUGCUGGCCGCGAAGCGGGAGCUGGACGGGCAGGUGCGGGCGUUUGCGGGGCUGCCGCCCGACGCGGAGCGGGCGCGGCAGGAGCUGGAGGGCCUGCGGGGCGAGCUGCGGCGCAUGACGCUGCGGCGGGAUGAGGUGUUUGAGGGGUUGGUGGAGAGGGAGACGCCGCGGAAGAGGGAGAGGGGGGCAAGUGUGAGGAAGUAG